UGCCAUGAAUCUUGAACCUUAAACAGCAGUACGUUGACUUAGUCUAGAAACGCGUCUUGGGUAGGAAAUAUAUUUCUAUGACUAAAACUUUAAAAAAUUAUUUGUUUAAGGAAAAGACAAUUAGUCUUGUACAUUGAUGAAUAUAAUUGUAAAUUAGCAUCUCAGGACAUAUUGAAAUAGGCCUACUAGUUAAAAUGUUUAAUUAAAAGUUGUGAAUUAGAUAGUUCUUUAUCCCCUCUUCUACGUUUUAUAAGAACACCAUUUUUUAAAGGACCAUCUCUUUAAAUGAACUGUGAAUCAUUACUAUAAUCAUAAGAGAAAGACAUUACCAUUGCUAAGUGUAAAACAGAAGCUUAUGGUGGAGAUCUAAUAAAAGACUCAAUUUCUUAGGAUAACAACAUCAUAACGCGAGAGCAGCAACCUUAGUUCUUAUAUUCUAAAAGAACGCAUCAAAUGAUUACACUAUUAAGUAAAUAAACAUAAAAUCAUGAAACUGGUUUACAUAUGGAUGUUUCCUGAUUAUUAUCUGACCAAAAAAUAUUUCACCAAAAUAAUUGAAAAACGUUAAUCAGCAGAUCCGAAUGUCACAGUGAUAAGAAAGAUAAGAGAGGCAUAUAAAAGACAAACUAAAUAAAAACUGAUUUCAAUUCUCUCAAACAAUGGCGCCGCUCGUUUUGUCUGCUUUUUUCUUCAUGUUCCUGGAGUACGCCCAUGGAAUCAACGUCGCCGCCUUUAAUAUCCAACAUUUCGGGGACACGAAGGUAAACGAAGUGGGACGAGACAUCGUCCGGGUGCUGGCCCACUACGACAUCGUUUUAAUUCAAGAGGUCAGGGACGUGGAUCAUUCCUCCUUGAACAUGCUGAAGGACUUGCUGGGCUCCACAGUAUGGGACUACGUGUCCAGCAACCCCGUAGGAAGGACCACCUACAAGGAGCAGUAUGUCUUCUUCUACAAGAAGGCAGUGGUGAAGAUUCAGGGCCAGUUCCAGUACGACGACUCUGCCAGGGAUGUGUUUGAGAGAGAGCCUUUCGCUGUGGACAUUCAGUACAACUCGCCCACUCGUGGGAAGAAUGUGAACGUAGUCUUGCUGGGUAUACACACACAACCAGAGAAAGCUUUUGUGGAACUGGAGGCACUGCCUACAGCUAUGACGGCGGCUAAGAGCCACUUCCCCAACGCCGCAGGCGUCAUCGCCAUGGGAGACUUCAAUGCUGACUGCAACUAUGUGAGUGACACCCAGAAAGCUUCCCUGGCUAUCUUCAGCCAGCACGCCAGGUACCGCAGCCUGAUCCCUGACACGGCCGACACCACCACCUCCACAAGCACCAACUGCGCCUACGACAGGAUCGUCAUCGAGGGCAACAGUGACAUCGUCGCCGACUCUGCCAGGGUCUACAGAUACGACACCGAUCUGGGCAUUGCAUUUGACAGGACUGCAGAGAUCAGUGACCACUACCCAGUGGAUUUUAAAUUGCACUAACAUAUGGAUAUGAUUUAAUGUUGACUAAAACAAAUAAAGUCACUGAAAGACUC